AUGGGAAAAACGCAUAUAUGGGAAAAACGCAUAUAUGGGAAAAACGCAUAUAUGGGAAAAACGCAUAUGUGGGAAAAACGCAUAUGUGGGAAAAACGAAUAUAUGGGAAAAACGCAUAUAUGGGAAAAACGCAUAUAUGGGAAAAACGCAUAUAUGGGAAAAACGCAUAUAUGGGAAAAACGCAUAUAUGGGAUAAACGCAUAUAUGGGAAAAACGCAAAUAUGGGAAAAACGCAAAUAUGGGAAAAACGCAAAUAUGGGAAAAACGCAAAUAUGGGAAAAACGCAAAUAUGGGAAAACCGCAAAUAUGGGAAAAACGCAAAUAUGGGAAAAACGCAUAUAUGGGAAAAACGCAAAUACGGAAAAAACGCAAAUACGGAAAAAACGCAAAUACGGAAAAAACGCAAAUACGGGAAAAACACAAAUACGGGAAAAACGCAAAUACGGGAAAAACGCAAAUACGGGAAAAACGCAAAUACGGGAAGAACGCAAAUACGGGAAGAACGCAAAUACGGGAAGAACGCAAAUACGGGAAGAACGCAAAUACGGGAAGAACGCAAAUACGGGAAAAACGCAAAUACGGGAAAAACGCAAAUACGGGAAAAACGCAAAUACGGGAAAAACGCAAAUAUGGGAAAAACGCAAAUACGGGAAAAACGCAAAUAUGGGAAAAACGCAAAUGUAG